CGUUUGUUUGCGCAGGUGAGCAGGAUAAGAAUGUUCCUGUGAUGACAGUCCCUCCUGAAGUGAACGUAUGACUUCCAACACACCCAUGAAGUUCGUGCCCCUAUUUACAGUAAGUUCUGCUUCGCCCUAUUUUCUCCCCGUCGUCUCCGCCCCUUGGUUUAUGACAGGUUUUAUAUUGCUUUCAAGUGGCCUUCUUUACAAAUGCUGCAGCAUUGUCGAAAUCCUAGUUGCAGAGUUGGGUAGAGAUCGAUCGAUGCAUUUAAACUGGCAGCAAGUUGAAAUUAUUGAUAUGUGCGCAGUUCAUGACAGUGUCGCUUGUCACGUGACAAGAUUUCUCGUCCUUGGCGAGCUCUUUUACGAUGUUUCGCCUACCUUUUAUCAAUGGAUCUAGUAACUGAGCUGUGCUAUCGGAUUUGUUUCAUAUCCAUCCAAGUUAGACGUGCACAGCUGGAUCUGGUGUCAUGGUAACCAGCGGCUUGAUCGUUAGUUUCGUUUCACUCACGAUAUAAUCCUUGAAUCCAACUGACAGUCGACUGUUGAAAUUGAACGACUGCGGGACUUCACGAUUGCAGCGGAAGCAAACCAGUUUCCUUACCGGAAGUUUCGCUUUUCAUUCUUCCACAUAUUAUCUCUUCUGCUGAAUGGCAUCGAACUCGUCUUAUUGACUGUGAAUCAUUCGUCCGACAAGGAUCUCAUACAGAAAUGCAUCUCGAGUUCGCAGCCAGCCCUUUGCGGCUAUUGGCCCCUUGCACGGGAUCCGUGGCGCUGUUGGACAACCAUCAGAUGAUUUACAUAUCAGGGCGAGUUGUCGUCAUGUAUAACUGGAUGAAUCAAACUCAGACGUUCUUGCCUCCGCGCAACAGUACCAUGGCCACGGCAGCUUUCGCACUCAGCCCCGACUCUCAGGUGAUGGCCACUCUGGAAGUAGGACCGAAGAGUAACCUAGUGGUUUACGAGAUGAUGCCCACUCGCCGACGGAAAGCCAUUCCGAUCCACAUCGCAUCGCAUCAUCACGAAGAGCCCGUGGCUUUGGCAUUUUCCGCCGAUGGCAAACUAUUGGCCACUCUCCUGCCUGAGCAACCCCCAAAGGAUCACAGUCAUGCAACUGAAUUGCCUCUAUCUUCCACCCUAAACCUCACCAACACCACAACCCAUCACCAGCACAGCUACUCCAUCACGGUCUACCUGUGGCGUACGGGCAAAACUCUCGCUUCCAUCAGCCUCGGAUCGGCCAGCCUUCCUUCAAUUAACCCACAAUUAUCGUUCAAUCCUAUGGACGUGCAUUCGUUGGUGGUGGUCUACGGUGGAUCGCUACGUUUCUACCGGCUCACUCCCGACGGAAUGGAAAGUGGAAUGAAACCUAAGUUGGCUGGGCAUUUUAUUACUUGCCAUUCUUGGAUUUCCACUUCACGAAUGGCUUUGGGUACCAAGACUGGACAAAUUCUGAUUAUUGAAGAGUCAGACAUUGUGACGCAGAUUCCGCUAGAUGCCAACGAUCCUCGAGCUGGGCGCGUUCAUCAUCACGACAGAGCGGAUAGCGCGAAAAGGGAUGCAGAUGCUGAACAGCAAAUGAUUAGCGCUGUGUGCCCACUUGGUUUGAAUCAAAUUUGCCAUUUGACUGGACAUAGUCUAUUGACUGUCAGUGAAGCACGGGAUAGCAAGGGAACAGUUUAUAACACUGCUGCCGUUCUAUCACCUGGCGAGCUGAAUUCAGCCGUUUCCUCAACGACGGAUGUCUCCAUCGAAAUUGGACGUAGCUCAUUCGUGAAUGAUUCGACCUGUAGCCUUAUGGAUAAGGGAAGGUGUUCGUUAACUGCUCUAGCACGUCACGGAAAAAAGUUUAUCGCUGUCGCCUUGCGAGGGCAAAUAUGGUUCGCCGAAUUGAGUCACCAUCCAUCAUCCGAGAGUGACCCAGCCAAAAUGGAGAACAUUAUCAGCUUAGCGCAUAGCGGUGAAAUAAGGUCGUUGUCGACGGCUGUCUGGCGUCCAUAUGCAGUGUCUGUGGGCCAGGAUCGAUUUCUCUUUUUGUGGAAUGUGGCAGCAGAACAGAUUCAGUUUAGUAAACUUCUGGAUGAAGACAUACUUUCAGCGAGCCUACAUCCAAUGGGGCAUUAUGUGGCAAUCACAACAUCUGACUCGCUCCAGGUCUUUUCCGUCUUAGUAGACCGCUUUCAUUUAGUGCGCGAAGUUAUCUUGGCUGGGUGUCGUAAGCUAGCCUUUAACUCUGGUGGGAAUUAUAUAGCCGUCACUCGUGGUUCGACGUUGCAACUGAUCAAUUUCAUCACAUUCGAGACGUCUUCGCCACUAAUGGCUCACAAAGGAGACAUUAAUCAAAUUGUCUGGAGUGAAGAUGGUCAGCGAAUUUACUCUUGCGGAGCAGACGGUCUUCUCUGCGUAUGGGACUCGACGAGUCACGAAGUGCUGAUGCAGGUGAAACCAAACGGAAUUAAUUUAAUCGACCUGGCUGCCCUAUCCAAUGGCCAUCUUAUUGUUGCCUCUGUCGACGGCGAAGUCGUUGAAGUCGCCGAAGAUGGUCAGGUAGUGUGUCGCCUUCGUGCUGCAGAACUUUCAGCCACUUCCCUUUUUUACUUGGCUCGAGAACAAAUAAUCCUCGUUGGAACACGGAUGGGAGGUUUGCGAGCCUACAAGUAUCCAAUCAACAGUCGCUCAGAUUAUCAAGAACACUUCACUCAAUAUGGAGCCAUUACACAGAUUUCAGAAACAACUUUGGGACUUGAUGGCCAAAUGUUGAUGAGUUGCUGUGAGGAUGGCUCGAUUUGCUUGUGGCGACUGGGUGACGAAAACGCCAAGGCGACUCAGCAUCUACCCUCUUCUAGCCGGAUGAGGCUAGAGGAGAGCGAGCUCAACCUCGAAUGCCUAGUGUUGCGCGCCGAUUGGGAUGACCGCGGCAAAAAGUUGGACAAUCUCAUCCGUCAGCUUGAAGAAGUCAAACGUCAGGCCGAGUUACAGGUCAAAGCUGUCGAACAGGAAUGCAGCCAGAAAACGUAUGCGGCCGAAAGUCGACACAACGAUCAAUUUGAUCGCGCUAUUGACAAAAUUCAGGAACUGGAAAAGAAGUUAGCUCAGCAAGUGGAGCAGAGUCAUCAGCAAAUGAUGCAACUGCGACUAGAUGGAGAUAAUGAACGACGGCGACUUGAAGAGGCCCAUCACAGCAAAUUGGCUUCCGAGUAUCGCCAUCACCAAUCUCUUGAAUCCACAAUCGAGCAAUUGAAAAUCGAGCACAUCAAAGAAAUGGAUUUGAUGGAAGGCCGUUUAACGGUAGAACGAAACCAACGUGAAGCACGCUUGCGCGAGGAAUUUGAUGCAAGUCUUAGGACAUCUGAAGACGAAAAGGCUCAGCUAAAAAAGAAAGUGGCUGGCUUGGAAGCGGCGCUGAAGUUGGCGACGGAAAAGUUUGAAUCAGAUCAAAAGUCCUUCCAAACAAGACAUGAGAUGCAACUGAGUGCCGAAAAACAAGUCAAUCUCAAGUUGAGAGGAGAAACAGCCAUUCUGAAGAAAUCUGUCAAUGGAUUGCAGAAAGAGGUGGAGAGUCUUCGACUAAAUUCACUUGGUCAACAAUCUGAAGCUACGCGCUUAACAACGUGUUUAACUUCGGUCCGUCACGAAACAAAAGAGCUUCAAGAAGAACUAGAACGCAGAGAUAAUAUUAUCAAAACAAAAGAUGAAAAGUUGCAAAAACUGGUUCAGCAAAUGCAACAACAUGACAAAACGCAAAUCGAAUUAAAACAGCAGUUAGCGGAUGUAAAGAAAAAACUUUUGGAGAGCCAAACGGAAAUCGUUAAACUUCACUGUAAAUUGCAAGAGGUGGUUACUGGUUCCAAAUCAGCUCAGGCUGAAAUUGAGCAGCUAAGAAGAAGCGGAGAACAAAUGCAGGGCAAAGCCAAAAGUCAACUAGGUGAACUACAGAGUUUACGUCAAAAGUUUCAGUGUCAACAAGGUCGCCUACAAGAAAUUUUGGUCUGUCUCGACGUUGGAAUGAGCUACCUGCACGACGCUCGACAAUUGAAGGAUUAUUUUGCGGCAAUUCACGAUGUCUACUGCGACAAGGAACAAUUCGGCAGCUCAUCCCAUCGUAGUUCAGCUUCGUCGGCGAACCCAUCAUCUAGCGAGUGUAAUUUACUCAAAAAAGUUGAGUCGCUAGAGAAUACGAUUGCCUCGCUUCGUCACCAGUUGUCCGAAACCAUUAAACUAAGCGAGAUAAAACAGGAGAAACUACGAAAGGAUAACAACCUUCUGCUGAGUGAGUUGGAGAACACUAGGAAAAAAAUUUCUACUAUACAUGAAAAAGAAGCAAAUGUGUCAUAAAUCAUGCACCUUUUUUAGGUUUGAUUGAAAGUGAUGGUAAAGAAAUGUUUUUUUUUUCGUCAAUUAUUUUGGUGGAUUAAUGCUAUUGUUCGUAAUGAUUAUAUAACUUAGAGUUUAAAAAAAAAACUACGUUUAUUUUAUUUUUUCAGACCAAUUAUAAUUCAAAACUUUUCAGUGUUGUCCCAAAAAGCGAAGUACUCUCAGACUUAUAUAGCUUGGAGUAGUAAUGGAAUUAAUCCAUUCACUCGAUUCACCGGUCACCAAGCCUAUAUAGCAGGUCGUGCAUUUUCAAUUGUCAAUAUUUCCUUGUUGAAUGCGCAAAGAUUUUAGAUUGCAUUGAAACAUUUAUAAGCUUUAUUUCUUAUUACAUGAUACCUUUAAGAUGCGUCUUUCUUUCUUGGUAUAGAUUUCAUGUAUUUGGCCAUCCUAUUUGUUAUUGUUUGCUGAGUGUUAACAUAGUUGCUAUAGGUUCUGUAAAUCAGUGUACAUUUUAUAAUGAACGCUAUCCAAAAACCAAGUUGAUUUCUUGUUUUUGUUCAUUAUCACGUACGUUCUUUUUAUACUUCGCCGUUAGACAAUGUACCGAAAACGUGCCCAAUAGCCAAUUCUUAAAAUGCGAUCUGUUUGCCAUUUGUUCGCCCAAACCCCAAAGGAAUUUUUUUUUUUCAUUCAACAAGUCUAGAACAUGAAGAAGCCAUAAAUCAUGUUUCGCCUGGUCAUGAGUAAUUUCGCAUCAUCUUACUUUAUUUUGCUGACUUGCUGUCCCGCGGAGUGAGAACGGAACGGAACUUCGUUGUCAAUGGGUCGAGUUUGAAACUUUGUCAUAAUUUUCAAUCGAAUUUCUGUUAUUUUUGAACGAUGUUUGAACUUUGAACGGGAUGAGAUGAAACCGAAGUGAAACCUUUGAAUACCUGCCGUUAGGAGCGCUAAUGUCAACUCUCAACUACUCAAUUGUAAAUAUGGCAUUAAGAUUAGAUACGUGGCUGAUUUCGGAUCACAGUCAGAACUUUCAUACCGGUCGUGAGUUUUAAGAGGCCUUAUGUUGACAUCUGAAAUAAGAUUCAGGGAUAUUAUGAGCCUAUUAUAGUUUUAGUCAACAUGAAUGAAAAGCCCGAUGAAAAAUCUGAAUCUUUGAAGAAAGACACUCGUGUGCCUCCCGUGCAGGAUUUUCUUUCCAAACCUGAUUUGACUGCUUGUAAGGUUAUGCAAUAUGCAUACUAACAUUCAUUUCUUACAUCUCAAAAUAAUAAAAAGUACUAGGCUGAUGUACUUUUUGUUUCAUUGUUUCAUUAGCAGACUUUUCUUAACGAAACAUUUUUAAUUCAAACUUUCUUCAUUAAGACUAACCAAAGGUACAUAAUUUACCAAGUACCAUUUUAAAAAAUCCUUUUCAAUUACUGAACAGAAUGGUGGGAAAAUAUUGUUUGCCACUGAUGAUGGAUUUGCAGUAGCAGAAAAUUUGUUGAAGG